UUCCUGUCGAAAGUUUAAACUAUCGAAAAUUUCGUGUAGUAUCGGGUGCGGUCGUGCGGACCCGACUGUAAAUCGAAGCUCCUCCCCCUUUCCUCGUCUAUGCUUGUAUCAUGGGUUGUCUAUGCACAUGGGCAGCGUGGGUUGUUGGCAGUAUUAGUCGUAAUAGAUAUAUUACAUUUUGGAGUAAUCUAUUACGCUAUUACGCCGCGCCGAUCAGAUAUCUAUUACGUUUUCGACUUUUCGGAUUUGUGAUAAAAUUUCUUGCUUACAAAGAACAAAAGAUAAAAAUAAUAUAUUUUAUUGAAGCCUAUUAAUAAGCCCAUUAAACAAUUUAGGAGUUUAGCGCCAUCAUCCGUUGUUGCAGUGAAGAAACGCCUUUAGAUUUAGAUUAUCAAUAAUACAGAAAACUACUUAAAACACGAUCUUCAAAUGUCGAAAUCUCAGAUUUUAAAAAUCCUAUAUUAUAUAUUAUUUUUUAUUAACAAUACAUACUAUUUUAUAAUAAUUCUAAUUAUUGGUGCUUAAGUUUCCAAAUUAUUAAAAUAUUUCUGUGCUUCUGCAAAGUAAAAUAAAGCCGAUUUUCAAACAAACCUAUAAAAUCUAUUACAAAAUUUCGAAUUCUAUUACUUAUCUAUUACGAAACUACAACGACAUCUAUUUCUAAAAAAAAAUUCGUUAACAACACUGCGUCUAGGUCGAAAUAGAAUAUCCCUAGACGUAUUCGUUUUAUAUAUUUUCAAGUGAAUAGACAAAACUUACUCCUUUAUCAUGUGACGAAUAACUUAAAACCAACGGAAGUAUCACGUGACAAACGACAGGUAAUGUUUUCAUCUUUUUUCCUCCUUAUAAACAGGGCUGCUUUUGUGAAAGUAUAUGCAGUGAAAUGGAACAAUUUGUUGGCGGGAAUUUUUAUGUAAUGGCGGGAAAAGCUGCAUCCUAUGGCCAGAAUCUGUUGAUUCGUUAAAUUAAACGCUUGUGCUCUGAAAGCGAUUUGAAAUUUAUACCAAAUUUUAUACUUUGUAUUCACUAUUGAUUGAUAUUAAUUCUAUAUUUAUUAUAUAUUAUUACAUUUAACAUUUCAUUAUUUAAUUUAUUUAAAGAGAAUUUAGGUAGGUUGCUAGUUAAUGGUAAGUUAACAAUAUGGAGAAUAGGAAUAGAAACCGCAAUGAAACUGUUUUCCAUGAUGGCUUUAUGUAUUACACAAGCAAGAGAAGUAAUGGAAUAAGAUAUGUCAGAUGUACCAAGUAUCCACAGACAAGAUGCCAGGCAACAGGAACGGUUGAUGAGAAUGGAUUAUUUACCGUAAAAAAAGGACAUCACAAUCACCACGCUAUGGACGAUCAAAUUGAAGGGAGGAAUUUUAAAAGGAUUUUGAUGGAAGCUUGUUUUAGAGAAAAGGGAGAUUUAAAAAGCAUAUAUGAUAGACUUGCUAUGGGGAAUGUGGAAGGUGCCUUGGUCGUCCCGUACAAUUCAGUGCGUAGCUCUAUGCAGAGGUGGAGAAGGUCAACGAGACCUCGUAUUCCUGUGGACUUGGAAGAUUUGUCGAGAGUUCUCGAAACGGGUGAGUGGCCUAGAUACAGUCAGUGUAAUGAGGGUUUGUUUUUUUCAGGUUUAGUGAGGGCUGAUGGACAUUCAGCACUUAUAUUCGGAAAUGAGCAAUUCGUAGGAAACUUUAGGGAGUCCCAAUAUACCUUCAUCGAUGGGACUUUUAAGGCUGUGCCAAGAAGACCAGGAUUUUCCCAGAUUCUUACGAUUUUUGCUAUAUGCAUGGAUCAUGCUUUUCCCAUUUUUCACAUUUUCAUGGAAAGGAGAACAAGACCAUUAUAUGAUGCCAUUUUCACAUAUUUGUCAGGAACAUUCGACGGGUUCAGAAAUAAAACAAUUAUAACGGACUAUGAAAGUGCUCUUGUUGCAUCCCUGAGAGCGCUUUACCCAGACGCAUCACUAAAAGGAUGCUUUUUUCACUUCUGUCAGGCUUUACUACGACAAGCCAAGACACUAGGGGUUCUGCGUCAAAUUCGAGGACAUAUUAAUGGAAGAAAAUUAUUGCGGAAAUAUUAUGCCUUGGCUCUUUUACCAGUGGCGAUGGUCGAAGAGGCAUUUAAUUCUUUACAGGGAAACAAUGGAGAACUGGACAAUAUAUUUAGGGAAUUCCACAAUUACGUUAGGAGACAAUGGAUACAGCGGGACACACCAGGGCAUUUCAGCGUAUUUCGGCAACAACAUCGGACGAACAAUGUAAUGGAGUCUUACCAUAGAAGACUGAACAGUAGGCUAGUUCGACAUCCAGGAAUUUGGGAUUUGAUGGAAAAUCUGAUUGAGAUUCAGAACAUAGCCAUACUGGAACUGGAACAAUUGGAACGACAAGGACGAGUUUUUAGGGUUGCAACAAGAAAUAUUGUUUUCAACACCCGCCUAAAUGAAGCAUGGGACAAGCUAGAGGAUGGUCGGUUUACCAUAGGAGAUUUCCUUAGGCAAGCAGUUCACUUCGUGGCGAAUUUGGAUGAGUACCUAGAGGUCCAGCAUGAAGAAGAUGACGCUCCAGCAGAUAUACCUAUUCCUGCUCCUCAAGCACAACCUGUGCUACCUCUCCAUGUUCCUGUUCAAAAUGACCCCCCUCCACUUAUUUUCUUUCAGCCUCAAGGACUGCAAGGAGCUCCAGUACCUCAACCGAAUGUCCCUCAACCACCUCCUUUGAUUUUCAACGCUCCCCUAAACCUACCUGUACCUGAACAUCCCCCUAACCCAGUUUUACAGCCACCUCCUUUAAUUUUUUUCAACGCUCCUCCAAACCCACCUGAACCUGCACAUCCCCCCAACCCAGUUUUACACCCGCCACCUUUAAUUUUCCUCAACGCUCCUCCAAAUCCACCUGCACCUGAGCAUCCUCCAAAUUUAGCUCCAAUUCCUGAUUAUGAUUUCCCUGAAGUCGACAUGCUGUUCGAUCAACUCACAGAAGAAGAAGAUAGAUUAUUUGAAGAAAAUCCUCGUCCUCAGCGUCAUUGGGAGCCAAGGAUUCCAGCAGUGGCCUUUGAGGAAGAUUCUAUGGAUUCUGUGCUUCGCUGCAAUAUUUGUUAUUUAAAUAAGGUUCAGUAUGUAAUGACAGAUUGCGGACAUGCAUCUUGUACAACUUGUACUGACACCUUAUUUAAUGUACAAGCCAAAUGUGGCAUUUGCAGAAUGGAGUUGCGAAAAGAACCGUGCCCUAUAUUUUUUAAUUAGUUUUUUUUUAAAUAUAGGAUUUUAAUAAUAGACAGGAACUGUUAUAUAGUCCCUUUUAUCCUUUUAUAAUAAUACUUGAAUCGUUUUUUUAUUAUAAAAAUCUUUUCUCAACAUUCCAUGUUGCACUUUAAACUAUAGUUUGGUUAAAUUUUAUUGUCAUCCAAAAGUAGGUUUAGGAGAGCGUUAAAUUAACUUGACUUAGGUUGUUAAUAUUUUUACUUGGUGCUGGUUGUAUAAACAGUCGCGAGCAUAGAAAAUGGGAUACAAUAAUGUCCCUGUCAAAAUAUUUUAUUAGGCAUUUAAGAGUUUGAAUAAAUUUAAAUUUGGAUCCAAAUCAAUUAGCAGGAAAAAGCCUAAUUGUACAAAAAUUCUAACUAUAAAAGCUGUCGGGUAGGUGUUCCAGUUUCAAUGCGCACGACUGUACGUUAUAUGUUUGGUUUGGUUUAUAUAAUUUAUUAGUUAGUUAAUACUAAAUUUGUUUUUUAGCCUAUAUUGUAUUAAAUUUGGUGCUGGUUGUUUAUAAAGUAACUUUAAUGUAUGUAAAUGUUUUCUAAUUAGAUAUGUGUAAUAGUAAUAGAAUUCUAAAUAAUGUCUAUACCUUUGUGGCGGGAUCAUUACUUGAAAAGGCUUCUGGUUUUUCUUUGAUUUGCUAAGCAUUUUUUGUUUGUCAGGCAAAUUUGUUUCAUUAGUAAAAUAUGUAUCACUGACAAAUUGCCGCAGUGGUGUUUACAAUAAAAAAUAACUUUUUUAUUUUGUAGAUUUUCUUCUAGUAACGAAAAACCUUGAAAUCUUUUCAAGUAACAUAAUUAUGUAAUGGUUACUAAUAAAUAUAUUGAUUAUGUAAAUAUCUUUUAACAAUGAAUUAAUUUGAAUGUAACAUUGAAUUUUCAUUUAGUUCUGAUUGUUUUAAGAUAUUUUCAUACUUUCUACUAGUUUCUGUCAAAAUAAAUUAAUAUUAUUACAUUAUUUUUCAGAAGUAAAAAAUUCGAACCUUACUAUUUUUUUUUGUAAAAAACGUUAGAUAGAUAUUUUUUUAUGUUAGAACUUAAUUGGGUAUCAAAAUGGGAGUAUCUUAACUUGGUAUUUGUUGUCUACUUAGUCUUAGUCUUUUUUAAUUUAUCAAAUAUAACGUUUUUUCUCUACAUUAUUGUUUUAUUUCAAUACCCUUAAGAGUUUGGAUUGAACCAGGAAAUAACAAAUUUUAUCAUCUGUUUUGGGAUUUGGUCGAUUUAUGGUGGAAUUGCAAAUUGUAAUUAAAGACUGCUCCUUUCUGGUAACUAAAAAAAAUGCCAGAUUAAUUACUGAUUUAAAUAAUCUGGAACGAUGAUUUUGUUGAAGUACAGAAGUAGUCCAUUAAUUGCACUCGACUAUAUUUCAGAAACUAUUUGACAUAGAGAAAAAAGCAUUUUAUAAAACUCCCUCAACUUCAACGAAUAAAGCUAAGCAGUAUUUAAAAUUUUUAGGCAAAACCGUAGAGGAUAAAAUAAAGAGCAAAACCA